AUGGGUUCUUAUUAUGAGCACGAUUUUAUUUUCUGCAACUUGUUUGGCUUUACGAGGGCUGAUGUGAGGAAUGGAAGAUCAUUUGUCUUGGUGAAUCCUUUGAAGAGAGAAGUUCUAAUGCUCCCAACUAAGAGUGACCUCCAAGUUCCACCUAAUAGUUUCUGCAACAGUGAUACUUUUGGCAUGGGAUUUGAUAAUAUGACAAACACCUACAAGAUUGUUCGUGUCUCCCGCUAUCUAAAGGAGGACCGCCAGACAGUGGUGACGGCUGAAGUUCUUGUAUUGGGGACAAGCUCGUGGAAGGAGUUACCCUCAGCUCCCCCUUGCUAUCCAUCUUGCACUGUGGCAACAUCUACACAUGGAGCCGUGCAUUGGCUGAUUAGUGGAGAUGACAAGUUGUCGGUACAUAUACUUUCUUUUGACUUCAAGAACGAGGAGUUCUAUUGGACUCCUCAUCCCCUUGCCUUAAAAAUAAAGCUGGAUCUUUCGCUUUUUGUUCACUUGCUUAAUUUCAGGGGAUCUUUGGCCCUAGUUGAUGUUUCUUCGUCAGAUAUAGAGAUAUGGGUAUUGGUAUUGAAAAAUUAUGAUGGUAAGAAGAAACAUGAAGAAACAUGA